AUGACCCUGAUAAACGUUCCUAAGGAGCAGCUACCGCCAGCGCAGCUAUUUCUUGAGUCGGUUUGCCCAGGGUUGCUGGCGCUUGAUGAUAAUAUUCAUUUUGCGUUUCCAAGUGAGGUUCCACAGUCGGUUUUUGAUAGAUUGGCUGAAGUCAAUUGGCCACUUACGAGCUCUUCUGCGUUCCCGACCUCAAUUAAGGCCAGACUAGAGCCCACAUACUUGCAUGUAUCCAGACCGCCAUUUCAGCAUGACGUGCACAGGAACGUUGAGUCCACCACUUACAUCUCUUUGCCUUUCCACGUCACCAACAUAUUCUCUAAAGUUGUGGGUGCUCAGCAGGGGACAAUGAAGCAGGACGGAGGUCUACAUAUUGGCGCUAAUUUGAACCCUCUAAUACCAGAUCCAUACCGCUUGGUGCACAUGAAUCCAGGCUGUUUGACUUCAAUGAUAGUGCUUGCCAAUGACAAGUUGAGUGAACAGUCAGGUAAUCGAAAUUCGUUUCGGAGUGUUACUUCAAGCUUAAAUAGGUUUUUGCGUAUUGGCUCCUCACAGGUGGAAGCAGACUCGAAAAGCAGCUUCCACUCUUUGCUCGACGCAAUUCCUGACCACAGUCCUCACUUUAUUUCCCACCCCCAGUUGGGAGGGUCCGCUCAAUCGGCGAAAAAAUCUCAGCGCCAGCUAUUGCCAAAUGUUUUUCACAGGCUUCUAGAGUUUGACUCCAAAAAUUAUCAUACAAUUGUGAGGUCUCCAACCACCAAGAAACUACUUGUAUCUGCGAAUGUGAAUGUCGUUAACGUCUUUGCCGUUGAUCAAGAGUAUAAGAUGAAGGGAACGAAGGAGCUCAAUGCUACCUCCUCGAUUUUUCCGCUCUCAGAAGAAGCUGAUAAUCUGCUUCCUAGUUACUCGAAGCCAACGAGUUCCCAGCAGCCGCAACCAUCACAACAACAGCAACAACAGCAGGCGUCCACUACUCUUACAACAACAUGUAAGCCAUAUAAAAAGGUCAUUGAAACACCUUUGCUACGCUUGCAGCUUAAUGCAAGUUUGAUAGUCACGAGCAUUCUUACUCUCGUGUGUUCAGAAACAUUAGAUCCGAUGUUAAUUUUAGGUUUCAAUACCGGCGGUAUUCUUGCUAUUAAUCUUGGCCAGGUUUCUUAUAGAUAUUUUGACAAUUUUGGCUUUAAGCAAGCACGAGAUGAAAGCGCAGAUGCCUCUUGGAGCAAUGUAUCAGUAACGUCUUUGGCAGCCAUUGCUCAUACAAAAUUUGAAUUGCUCGUGAUAGCUGGCUUUGCCAAUGGUGAAGUCAUUAUCCUCAAUUUAUUGGGCGAGGACUCAGAAGCGCCAUACAUCAAGCGUGAAGUAGGUAAUGAUAGUUCCAUUACCUUAUUUAAAAAGUUUGACUUGAGUCCACUCAAUAAAGAAUCAGGCCCCGAUCCGGAUGACCCAAUCAGUCCAGGCUAUAUCAUUGGGCAUUUCAAAAUGAGUUAUAAGCCAAUAACUUCUAUCGCGAGCACCAUUCCAUAUACAAUGGUACCCUCUCCCAGUCUCAUGAAAAAUCCCUUCAUUGUUGCAAUCGCCUCCGAUGACGGUUUGGUACGCUUAAUUGAUCUCUUGAACACACAUAAUAGAAAUUACGGGGACCCACAGAAUUUCUACAAUCAUCUGAUUGUCUCUGAUGUGGUGGCCAGUUAUUUUCAAGAUGGCAUCUGUCACAUUGAGUUUUCCCCAGAUCAUCGAUUUUUCGUCGUAGGUGGUAAAGGCGAUUUGAUUGAGAUUUUCAAAAUGACCUAUUAUAACAUCAAUGGACUUGCAAAUAAAAGGUCAAAUCAUUUGCGUGGCAGGUCCCGCAGUGGCACCGUGAAUAGCGGUAAUUCCUUUCCCAAUCAUGCUCCGUCUUCAUUGUUCUUGUCAGCGACAGAGAGCGCAACGACAUCCGCAAGCUUUGAGCUCGGUCGUGAAGAUGCUCAUGAUGCAUCUGCUGAGCACAGUGCUCAAUUCCCACCCAUGAUCAAGGAUAUGACUAUAGUUAGUCGUCUCAAAGGUCAUACAAACACUGUUCAAAAAGUUAGUUUUGUUCAAGAAUGGGAGAUGAGCAAGUUAGACUCACAUGACGACGUUUCUUCGAAUGCCUAUAAGCUAAUUUCGUGUGGAGCUGAUGGCAAAGUCAUCGUUUGGGAUUUCGAUAGCAAAGCGGUCUCGAGGGUGAAGAGAGGGAGGUUUACGACUAGAAGAAAGAAAAAGACGAAGGAAAAAGAGCACCUUCCGGAUCAUCCAAGUACAUUUCAAGCUUCACUGCCUGUUUCCAACAGGACAAAAACAUUCUCAGGCAACUUGCCUGCAAGCAUUACAGUGACAAAAGCACAACAUUCUAGGACCCGAUCGUUAUCGCACUACGAUGACAGUACAUUCGCGAAGACCUCGUUCAAUAAUAUGGGAAUUAAUAAACUCUUGAGCCCAAGCCCCCAGCCCCUGGCACACUCGAUUGAGGAUGAUGAGGAGAAGCAAAAAAUCGUCAUUCUGUUGUAUCGCUGGCUCUACGAAAUUCGUAUGAAGAAGCACUACUCGUCUGGAAACGUUACCAAGGAUGGCAGGAAGAAAUACACCGCCAUCAUACACAGGGUUGUGAAUGACGAGGAACUUCCCUCAAUCCAGAUUCCUUCCCUCGAAAUUGAUCUAUCCUAUUUUAUCAAGGAUGGUAAAAUCCAAAAUUACCUGGCCACGCCAGAGCGGUUCUUCAUUUUUGGUAGAAGCGGAGAUAUCUUCAGCUACAGUCUUGAAUAA